AUGGUCCGUCAUGGAAGAUUGUCGAAAGGAUGCCAGGUCUGUCGGAAGCGAAAGAUCAAGUGUGAUCAGAAGCUUCCGGCAUGUAGUCAGUGCGUGAAAGCGGGCUGGAAGUGUCCCCAAUAUGCUGAUUCGGUGGACCGGAUGUUUCAAUAUCAGCCAACAAGAGACUCCAAAUCGUCCCUACCGGCCACUACCAUCAAAUCUAACCUCACCGACACUCACGGGACCAAAGUCCAUGAGUUGUCUCUCUGCAAGCUUCCAAAACAGAUCAUACAACCUGUACAAUGUCGAGCGAUCGAUUUCUUCCUCCAGACACACACCUUCCAGGAGAAUGGUGUCAUCCGCGGCCACUACGAAUACUUACCUGCAUUCAGCCACGAGAUCACGACCGACACGCAAGUCGUGACAAGCUUGACUGCCGUUGCCCUCGCCGCGUAUGCGUAUAAAUUCCAGUACCCUGAACUCCUCGACGCAGCCCGGCGUCAGUAUGUAUACUCUCUUCGGUACAUGAAAGACGCCCUAUCAUGUCAUGAAAAAGCAGUAGAGGAUAACACGCUCAUCUCCGUGUUACUUCUCAACACCUACGAGGGUCUCACAUGCGAAACCAAAGCGUCACUGCCCCAUAGAGAGGCGCAUCUGAAAGGCGCAAUGACGAUCCUAGCUCUCCGAGACAGGGGCUUGGUUCGGUCUCGUCGCGGAUUGCAGCUCUUCCGGCAGACGUCGCUGUGUCUUACGCUGAGCUGUUUGAUUCAUUCACUUCGGGUCCCUGCGGGACUGAUGGAUCUUCAUCUUGUCUCUGCGGGAUACAUGGAUACGGGUGAACCGGCGUGGAGAUUAUCGGAUGUGAUGAUCAAGCUGGCUGGUUUUCGUGCGGAUAUUAGGGAAGCGGUCCUCUGUGACCCUGGGAAUAUAAUCCAAGCCGCUGGGGCGAUAGAUGCUGAGCUCCUCUGCCUGGAAGGUGACAUGGUCGCAAAGAUGCCGUUUCAGACGCUCUCGGCCGCAGAGAAGAGUGACCUUGUCUGGGACACCUAUUACCAUGUCUACCCCGAUCUGUGGGCGGCAGCUGCGUGGAACCAUGUGCAUUCGUGUCGCAUAGUCCUGCAUAGCGAGAUCAAAUCCCAACUGGAGACCAUCCUUGCUACGUCACCGGAUUCCUUCUCCCCAGCAGAUGCACAGCAAUAUGAGCAAUGCAGGCUAACAUUACAACAUCUCACUUCGGAGAUUUGCGCCUCGAUGCCGCAAUACUGUGACUAUCUGCCACUUCUAUCUGACGGGACGCAGCAACAGCCUAAGGCCCGGGAAAACGAGAUAAGCUACGGUAACAACCAGUCUAGCGCUAUACCCACAACCGCUGGAAUAUAUCAAUUUUUCUGGCCACUGCUGAAUGCAGGACAGGUCACUCAAUCGCAGAGCCAGCGGGACUGGAUCAUUGAUCGCUGUCGCUAUAUGGGGAGGAUGAGCGGUAUUCAGCAAGCAUAUGCUCUGGCGGAGAUCCUGGAAGAUGGCACGGGGAUGAUGUGCUAG